GUUCUGCCGGAGACUUCCAUUUGGCCUCAAUGAAAGUAAAGUAGAACAUCACAUGUACAUGUGUAUUACUGUCAGGAUGUUGAUUCACUGGUCAUGCCUGAAGAGGGAAAUUCUGUUCUGAUGGCUGACUGCCAGCAAAAAUAGAUGCUUAUCCUAGAUGUCAAGCAUCUCUCCUUUCUACUGGAGUGAAAAUCCCCUCCAGAUACCAACAGAACAUCAACUGCAGAAAAUGCUUCACAUUUUAAGGAUGUCAGCAACCUAAAUUCAUGCGCCCUAUCUGUACAGUUGUCGUGGAUGGUUUACCAUCUGAAAGCUCCGCAAGCUCUUAUCCAGGCCCCGUAUCUGUUUCUGAAAUGUCUCUGCUUCAUGCUCUGGGCCCAGUGCAGACCUGGCUGGGGCAGGAGCUGGAGAAAUGCGGCAUCGAUGCCAUGAUUUACACCCGCUACGUCCUCAGUCUUCUGCUGCAUGACAGCUAUGACUACGAGCUGCAGGAACAGGAGAAUGACAUCUUCCUGGGCUGGGAAAAAGGAGCUUACAAGAAAUGGGGAAAGAGUAAGAAAAAGUGCUCAGAUCUGACUCUGGAAGAAAUGAAAAAACAGGCUGCUGUCCAGUGUCUUCGCUCUGCUUCUGAUGAAAGCUCUGGCAUCGAGACCUUAGUGGAGGAGCUCUGCUCCAGACUCAAAGACCUUCAGAGUAAGCAAGAAGAGAAGAUUCACAAAAAGUUAGAGGGGUCUCCCUCUCCAGAGGCAGAAUUAUCCCCUACAGCAAAGGAUCAAGUGGAAAUGUACUAUGAAGCAUUUCCACCACUGUCUGAGAAACCAGUUUGCCUGCAAGAAAUCAUGACUGUGUGGAACAAGUCUAAAGUCUGUUCUUACUCUAGCUCUUCUUCAUCAUCCACAGCCCCACCAGCUAGCACAGACACAUCCUCCCCCAAGGACUGCAACAGCGAAGGCGAAGUCAUCAAGGAAAGAAGCAGCGAAGCACCCACCUCUGUACCCGCGAAAACCCAGAGCAAAAGUCAAAGCGAGAAGGAGAACAAAUUCAGUAAUGGCACAAUGGAAGAGAAGCCUGCUUUGUACAAAAAGCAGAUCCGACAUAAGCCUGAAGGAAAGAUUCGCCCUCGCUCAUGGUCUUCCGGCUCGAGUGAAGCAGGCUCAAGUUCAAGUGGUCAUCACGGAGAAUUAAAAGCAUCCGUGAAGUGUGUGAAAGUCAGACACAAGACACGAGAGAUUCGGAACAAGAAGGGGCGGAACGGGCCCAGCAGGCUCUCGCUGAAGCCCGGCGACAGGGCUGAGCGGGGCGUGCCUGCGGCGGGGAGUGGCGGGGGCUCCUUCAAGCCGCUGUGCCGGCGUGGGAAGAGGCCCUUGAAGGACCCGGGGAGAAGGGACACCGGGAGCGCCGAGGGGAGAGACCUGUCCCUGGAGAGCAGAAACGACAGAGAAUAUAAAGAGGAACCACUGUGGUACACUGAACCGAUUGCUGAGUAUUUUGUUCCUUUGAGCAGAAAGAGUAAACUAGAGACCACGUACCGAAAGCGACAGGACACGAGCGAUGUGACGUCAGAGGCAGUGGGAGAGCUGUCAGAGUCCGUGCGCGGCCUUUGUCUCGGCAACAGUAAUGUUCAUAAAACAUACCUCGCAGCAGGUACUUUCAUUGAUGGUCAUUUUGUCGAAAUGCCUGCCGUUAUCAAUGAGGAUAUUGACCUCACUGGGACCUCAUUCUGUUCUCUCCCAGAGGACGACAAGUAUCUGGAUGAUAUUCAUCUAUCAGAAUUAACGCACUUCUAUGAAGUGGAUAUUGACCAAUCCAUGUUGGAUCCUGGUGCCUCAGAAACAAUGCAAGGAGAAAGUCGGAUUUUGAAUAUGAUUCGACAAAAAAGCAAAGAGAAAACAGAUUUUGAGGCAGAAUGUUGCAUAGUGUUAGAUGGAAUGGAGUUGCAAGGGGAACGUGCAAUAUGGACAGAUUCCACCUCUGUGGGUGCCGAGGGCUUCUUCCUGCAAGACUUGGGCAAUCUGGCUCAGUUUUGGGAGUGCUGUUCAUCCAGCUCGGGCGACGCCGACGGAGAGAGUUUUGGGGGAGAUUCUCCAAUUCGACUCUCUCCGAUCUUGGACGGCACAGCGCUCAAUCCGCAUUUGCUUGCUGGCAAUCAGGAGCUCUUUUCAGAUAUUAAUGAAGGAUCUGGCAUAAACUCGUGUUUUUCAGUGUUUGAAGUGCAAUGCAGUAAUUCUGUUCUACCAUUUUCGUUUGAAACUCUCAACUUGGGAAAUGAAAAUACAGAUUCUAGUGCUAAUAUGCUUGGGAAAACCCAGUCUAGAUUGCUAAUAUGGACCAAAAAUAGUGCCUUUGAAGAAAAUGAACACUGUUCUAAUCUUUCAACCAGAACUUGUAGCCCAUGGUCCCAUUCAGAAGAAACACGUUCAGACAACGAGACGUUAAAUAUUCAGUUUGAAGAGUCCACGCAGUUUAAUGCAGAAGAUAUUAAUUAUGUAGUUCCUAGAGUCUCAUCAAAUUACGUAGAUGAAGAACUUCUAGAUUUUUUGCAAGAUGAAACUUGCCAGCAAAACAGUAGAACGUUAGGAGAAAUUCCUACCUUAGUUUUCAAAAAAAAAUCGAAACUAGAAUCUGUCUGUGGCAUUCAGCUCGAACAAAAGCCGGAACACAAAACCUUGGAAACUGCUCGAGGAUGUGGCGAAAGCAGUCCACGUGGAGGCGGCUACAGCUCAGGGGUUAUUAAGGACAUUUGGACAAAGACGGCAGACGUGGAGAGAAUCGACGAGGAGCUGUUCCCGGCGGACGCCAGUGACUGCUGCCGCUGCCUGGAGGCGGAGGCCGAGGGCCUGCGGGCGCCCCACAAGGCCGUGCAGCGGUCCGAGUACCGCCUGUGGGAGGGGCACAAGGAGAGCGUGGAGAAGAGAGCUUGCGUCUCCGGGGCGCUCUCGAAGGUGGACGGCGGCGACUAUACCACACCCUCGAAACCUUGGGGUGUGGCCCAGGACAAAGAGAACACGUUCAUCCUCGGAGGAGUGUACGGAGAGCUCAAAACCUUCAGUAGCGAUGGGGAGUGGGCGGUCGUGCCGCCCAGCCACAGCAAGGGAAGUCUCCUGCAGUGUGCGGCUUCUGACGUCGUGACCAUAGCUGGUACGGACGUCUUCAUGACCCCAGGCAACAGCUUCGCUCCCGGUCACCGGCAGUUAUGGAAGCCCUUCGUGUCCUUCGAACAGAACGAUCAGCCGAGGAGUGGGGAGAAUGGAUUAAAUAAGGGAUUUUCUUUUAUCUUCCAUGAAGACUUCCUGGGAGCUUGUGGUAACUUUCAGGUUGAAGAUCCUGGGCUUGAAUAUUCCUUCUCUUCCUUUGACUUAAGUAAUCCAUUCUCACAAGUUCUUCACGUAGAGUGUUCGUUUGAACCCGAAGGGAUUGCCUCUUUCAGCCCUAGUUUUAAACCGAAAUCAAUCCUCUGCUCUGAUUCAGACAGCGAAGUUUUUCACCCCAGGAUCUGUGGCGUCGACAGAACACAAUACCGGGCUAUUCGCAUCUCUCCUAGGACUCACUUCCGCCCAAUUUCUGCAUCCGAGCUGUCACCAGGAGGAGGAAGUGAGUCGGAAUUUGAAUCUGAGAAAGAUGAAGCAAAUAUUCCCAUUCCUUCUCAAGCUGAUGCAUUUGAAGACCCACAGGCCGAUCUCCAGCCACUGGAAGAAGAUGCCGAGAAAGAAGGCCAUUACUAUGGAAAAUCGGAGCUUGAGUCUGGAAAAUUCCUUCCCAGGUUAAAAAAAUCUGGCAUGGAAAAGAGUGCUCAGACAUCACUGGAUUCUCAGGAGGAAUCAGCUGGGAUUCUGCCAGUGGGGAAGCAGAAUCAGUGUUUGGAAUGUAGCAUGAAUGAAUCUCUGGAAAUUGCUUUAGAAAGCUCAGAAGCAAAUUGUAAAAUAAUGGCACAAUGUGAGGAAGAAAUUAAUAAUUUUUGCAGUUGCAAAGCAGGUUGUCAGUUCCCUGCUUAUGAAGAUAAUCCAGUUUCUUCGGGACAGCUGGAAGAGUUUCCCGUAUUGAACACUGAUGUUCAAGGAAUGAAUAGGAGUCAAGAAAAGCAGACCUGGUGGGAAAAAGCCUUGUACUCUCCUCUCUUUCCUGCAUCAGAGUGUGAAGAAUGUUAUACAAAUGCCAAGGGAGAGAAUGGUAUAGAAGAGUGUCCAGAUGGUAAAGACAUACCCAGUAACGAAGAGCGUCUGUUAGAUUUUAAUAGGGUGUCUUCUGUUUAUGAAGCAAGGUGUGCCGGAGAGAGAGAUGCCGGAGCAGAAUCCAGUGGCUUCCGCAGAAAGAUCUACUCCAGCGCCGGCUCCGGCUCGGAGGGCUCUGGCUCGGAGGGCGGAGGCGAGUGGGCGGACCCUGGCGAAGAAGAGCUCUUUUCUCGAACUCAUCUCUAA